CAAUGAGCUCACUUGGACUCGGUUCAUAUUGAGAUCCAUUGAAGGCUCUCCUAGACUGACGAAGGCGUGACCUCAGGCCCACCGCAUCCAAGAACACGAAGCAUGAGGGACAGAAGAGGGCCCCUCGGCACCUGCCUGACACAAGUGCAGCAGGCCGGAGGAGGUGACUCGAACAAACUGUCAUAUAGCCUUAAGAAAAGAAUGCCGACGGAGGGCCUUUGGCCUGCAGAUGCACUCACCUGGAUGUAUAAGCCUGUGGUUGAUGGAAAUUCACAGAGUGAGGCAUUAUCACUGGAAAUGAGAAAGGAUCCGAGCGGGGCUGGCCUCUGGCUUCACGGUGGCAGCCCAGUGCUUCCAUAUGUGAAAGAAUCAGUAAGAAGAAAUCCAGCCUCAGCAGCCACUCGGAGCACAGCCGUGGGUUUGCUCCCUGCUCCAACAGAGUAUUUUGCUCAGGUGGCCUGCAGUGGUGUUGAAGCUCUGGAGCGGGACUGGCUCGGAGGAGGGCCCAGGGCCACCAGUGGCCACAGAGGACAGUGCACCAAAGGAGAGCCUCGGGUGUCACGACUGCUAUGCCAUCAAAAACUGCCAGAAAUGGGAAGUUUUCAGGAUGACCCACCAAGUGCUCUUCCCAAGGGUCUGGGCUCUGAGUUGGAACCCUCUUGCCUGCACUCCGUCCUGUCUGCAGCACUGCACGCGUGUCCCGAAGUGCUCCUGAAUGAUGAGACAAAACGAGUUUUCCUUGACCAUUUAAAGCCCACGUUUUCAAAGCAAACGAUAGAAUUCAAGAAAAUGCUUAAAAACACCUCGGAUGGUCUGCAGAUGACGCUGGGGUUACUGGCUCUGCAACCUUUUGAAUUAGCAAAUGCAUUAUGCCAUAGUUAAGGUACAAGCAGAACAAUACAAAUAGAUUACUUUUAAGAGUUGUCUUAGAAUGAUUUCUUUCACAUUAAGUCCGGAUGCAAACUGUGCAGCCCUUAGGUUCCUGCUGUAGUUUGUACGACCCGGCAGACUUAAAGUAAAUUGAGUUUAAAUUCAAAGCCGGUUGAUGCGGAAGGAAAUUUUUUAGCAUGUGUUAAAUUGUGCUUUAAAAGACAUAUAAAGAGUUGGGAAACAUUUCAGGAGAUGAUCAUAGCCUUUAUAAGUAUCAGGGUAGAACAUACGGAUUUACCAUGAAGUUCUGUCUUCAACACCCAUUCUAAAGGGCUACUGUCCCAAAUCCUGUGUGUCCCUUCGGCUUGUCAAUCAAAUGGAAAUGGAUACUCGUAAAGUCUACACCACUGUACUUGGUGUUAAAUCUUGUGGAACUCAUGGUAAGCUGUUAUCAUUUCUACAUUUUGUAGAAUGAUUUUGGUCUACAGCAAAAUUUGAUCUCACUUCUCACACCCCUUUCCUUCCACUUGAAAUGCAAUGUAGACAGAGGCCCUGUGGUGAAAGUUGCAAUAUUAAGUUUACCUUUAGAAGAUCCCUUCUCGGAACCCUGGCAGUGUUACCUUAAACAAGAAUGAGCUCGGGAAAAAAGUAACUCAGUUACAGAGAAGCAAAUCGAGUUAUUUCCCUCAUAAAAAGUUUCCCAGACUCUAGGAAUUGCAGUAUCUUGUAACCUAAAAAUUUUCCAGUUGACUCCUUUUGUUGUCUGUUGAUGACUUUAAUAAAGGUCAUUUAAGGGCGUAAGUUUUUAAAGACUCCCAAAGUGAGACUUAACCAUUUUCAGGAUUAUUGAUUGCAUAUACCAGUUUAUGUUGUGUGCUGAAUUACUAUGCCAUGUGCUAUUUUAGUGUUUGGGGAAAAUGAAAAAUAAAAUUUGUUCUUUAGCUUAAUAAAUGUCUUAUUUUAUA